GACCCAUCCAACCCGAACUCUGUCUCUCUGUUUCUUGUAAUGAAAUUUAUCUCACACGGAGAAGAAGAUCGAAUUGACCUGGGUUUUCCUAAAGAUCUCUAAUUUAUCUCAUUUGGUUUAUUGGGAAGACAGAGAGAUUCGUCGUAAUCCAUGGAUAAGCCUCUGCUUUCAGGAUCAGAGAAAACGAAUGAAUCCGAAAGGUUGGAUUCAUACCAGUACCUGCAGAGAAAUAGCUCAUCUGCUCGUAACCCUUCUUUCGCCGGAGCUGGCGUCACCGUCGAAGAAAUCCGUACCGCUUCUGCUGUUUCUUCUGCUCCUCCGUCUCUUUAUCCUCCCGUUAUCAAGACCCCUGUUUCGUUACCCAUUCCUCAAGCUAUUGGUUAUCCGAGUGCAUCUGGAGCAGGUCAUGAUCUGCAAAGGCAGUUUCUUGAUGAGAUUGAAAUAAGAGAGCUGCUUAUUGAUCAUAUUGGUCAUCGUUGCUGUUGGGGAAGCCGUCCUGCUCGUUCAUGGAAGAUUCAUGCUGUUGAAGACUGCAAUGUUUAUGUGGGAACUCUUGACACUUUCAUUGAGGAGAGGGAAGCUUUAACACAGACAGUGCCUUUCACUGGUGGUGAUUUCAAUGGAAAGAAACAUGGAUCUGAACAGGAGUUAUGGAAAUUGGACCUGAGAUCACAAUUUCCUACUCUGUUUGUCCCUUAUAAAGAAACUCAAGUUCCGGUUCCUAAUUCUGAGACUGUUGAGAAGUGCACGGGUUGCACAGGAAGAGGAGAUGUAGUAUGUCCAACAUGCAAUGCCGAUGGAGAGCCGGGAUUUUACAAGGAGAAUCAGAUGAUGAAGUGUUCCACUUGCUAUGGAAGAGGUUUGGUUGCUCAUAAAGAUGGGUCUGACACAAUAUGCACAAACUGCAGCGGUAAGGGAAAGCUUCCCUGCCCAACUUGCCAAUCUCGCGGGUUAAUCAAAUGUCAGACUUGUAACAGUACUGGAUCUCUUUUGACAAGCAGUAUCGCAGUUGUAAGAUGGAAGACUUUGUCGAAGCGAAAGGUGAGUGCAACAAGAGGGGCUGGUUCAGUACCAGAAGAAGUAUUUGACAGAGCAGAAGGAGUUCAGCUUUGCAACACACAAGCUUACCAGUGCACGCCGGCUUACUUUGCAGACUCAUAUUUCCUCAACAGAUUCUCCUCAGAAGUAAUCUCGUUAAGAGCUGAAGUUCCACCGACGGCGAAUGUGGUCUGCGAGAGACACACCAUAUCUGUUGUGCCUGUCACUCGUGUCACCAUGGAAGAUCGUGGUAAAGCGUUCAGCUUUUACAUAAUCGGUUUUGGUAAAGAGAUAUACUUGAAAGAUUAUUACCCAGCAAGGUUCUGUUGGGGUUUGUGUCCUUGUCUUGAGUGGUUAAAGGUUUGAAAAACCAGAGUUGAUCUUUCUUCUUGUCUACUUGGGUGUAAAGAAACAAACAAGAAUGCUUGUAAACAGAGCAGUAAAUGCGGUGUGUAUACUAUUGUGGAUUGAGAGCUUUAGAGAGAAAAUCAUACUGGAUUUCUAGACCUUGUGAGCUUUAAAUUGUUGUAUGUUGCAAAAUGAAGUCAAUAAGUUUUU